CAAGAUAUACACCAUUCUCUUCCUCCGACAAAUCCAAGCAGAGACAUGCCGGAUCCAGCCAAAGCCGACGCGGUAGGGGGCGAGCUGUCGGAGGCAGAAUACCGCAAGAUCUCAUCACGUCCGCACAUGAAGUUUAACGACAUGACGUCCGAAGUUUGUACGGAAACCAUCGAAAUCAUCACGAUGGCCGUGGACAAGCACGUGCCGCUCAAGAACUACGAGGCGGCGGCACAGCUGAUCAAGCAAAGCAUGGACAAGAAAUUCGGGUCGUUCUGGCACUGCUUCAUAGGCGAAGGGUAUGGCUUCGACAUCAGUUACCAGCAGCGACACAUGUUGUAUAUGUACGUGGGCGAAAUCGGGAUCUUAGUGUACAAGUGUUGAGUCCUUACUGGAAGCCGGCCAGCCACCAUCCGUCGAUCACAGUCGAAACACGAUAUCUACAGUAAGGUUAAUCGUGCGUUUGCAUUUGUCA